AUGGACAACUUUUAUAUUAGCUACAGAGAAGAAGCUAAUUCAAGAACCAAAAGUUGGCUCUGAACACCAGCAGCUAUCUUUGUGCUAGCCAUGCUUUCAAUAAUUGGAGUAUUCUAUAAUAUCCCACUGCAUAAGAAUUAUUAUUCACUCCAACAAAUUGAACUAGAAAAUCAAGAAUUCUUAAAUUUUGUUUCCCAUUACAACAAAGCAUAUAAAACUCCUGAAGAAUAUCAAAACCGCCUCAGCAUAUUUCUUACCAAUCUUGCUUAUAUAAAAUUUCACAACUCCCUUGGAAACUCUUAUCUUUUAGGUGUAAAUCAGUUUUCUGAUCUCACCCAUGAAGAAUUUCAAAGAUUUAUGACUCCAAUAAAGUAUGAAAUAACGAAUGAAGAAAUUAAGCAACAAGAAGUGUCAUAUGGCGAUAUUCCUCAACAAGUUGACUGAAGAACAAAAGGAGCAGUGACCCCAGUUAAAAAUCAGCUACAAUGUGCAUGUGGGUGGGCAUUUGCAGCGACAGGCGCUAUUGAAGGAAUUUGGUUUAUUAACAAUAAUAAAUUGCUUUCAUUGUCAGAACAAGAAUUACUAGACUGUUCAAGCUCUUUUGGCACCAAUGGCUGCAGUGGCGGCUUGGCAUCACAAGCUUUUAAAUUUGUGAUGGCUAAUGGGAUUACAAGUGAGACUAACUAUCCUUAUAAAGGUGUUAAAGGGAAAUGCAUACAAAUUUAAUUUAUAUAAAGCAGAAAAAAGUAAUAUUUAUCAAUAAAUUUAAUAUAGAGUUAAUUAUAUUGCAUUACUAUAAUACGUCUAAACAAGCACAAGGUGUUGCCAAAAUAACUUCUUAUGAGACAGUCCCUCCAAAUUCACCUAAUUCACUUAUGGCAAUCGUCGCUCAGUGGCCUGUUACAGUUGUGGUAGAAUCAAAUCAAGCUGCUUGGCAGUUCUAUAGGACUGGGAUUAUUACAAGUAACUGUGGGGUUAAUCUUGAUAACAGUGUGCUUAUUGUGGGGUAUGACAAUACAAAUAAUCCUCCGUAUUGGAUUGUUAAGAACUCAUGGGGACCUAGCUGGGGAGAAAAUGGGUACAUCAGAAUAGCCAUUUCAAGUGGAGAUGGCAUUUGUGGGAUUAAUAUGGUCCCUACCUAUCCUAUUUAUUAA